AUGCCACCUGCAUCAACAGCACCACAGUAUACACCCCCAGAUGGAGAAUGGGGCUGGGUGGUUGUCUUCGGGGCCUUUAUCUCCAUUGGAUUUUCCUAUGCAUUCCCAAAAGCCAUCACAGUGUUCUUCAAGGAGAUUCAAGAAAUCUUCCACACAUCAUACAGUGAAAUAGCCUGGAUAUCAUCAAUUAUGUUGGCUGUCAUGUAUGCAGGAGGUCCCAUGAGCAGCGUCUUGGUGAACAAAUAUGGUAGCCGGCCAGUAAUGAUAGCAGGAGGCAUAUUGUGUUCAUUUGGAAUGAUUGUAUCCUCUUUCUGCAAUAGUGUCCUGGAACUUUACAUAUGUAUAGGUGUUGUUGGAGGUCUGGGUUUAGCGUUCAACCUGCAGCCUGCCUUGACUAUGAUUGGCAAGUAUUUUUACAAGAAGCGUCCCAUUGCUAACGGACUAGCUAUGGCUGGAAGUCCUGUAUUCCUAAGCACGUUGGCACCUCUCAAUCAAUUUCUCUUUAAUUUAUUUGGCUGGAAAGGAAGCUUUCUUAUUCUGGGAGGACUUCUGCUGAACUGCUGCGUGGCUGGGUCACUUAUGAGACCUGUUGGACCAAAACCAGUCCCUCCUGUGAAAAAAGAUGUUGAAAAAGGGGCAGGAGAUUCCACAUUGCACAAAAACAACAAGAAGAAGGCUUUCUGGCAAACUCUGAAUAAAUAUUUAGAUAUAUCCCUUUUCAAACACAGAGGAUUUCUAAUUUAUUUGUCAGGAAAUGUUAUUAUGUUUAUUGGUUUCUUUGCCCCAAUAGUAUUCUUGGCUCCUUAUGCCAAGCAUAAGGGAAUUGAUGAAUAUUCUGCAGCUUUUUUGUUGUCUAUCUUAGCUUUUGUAGACAUGUUUGCUAGGCCUUCAAUGGGACUUUUGGCAAACUCCAAACUCAUCCGGCCAAAGAUCCAGUAUUUCUUUAGUUUUGCUGUCUUGUACAAUGGUGUCUGUCAUAUCAUGUGCCCACUGGCAUCAGACUACACUGGCCUGGUGAUAUAUGCUGUAUUUUUUGGGUUUGCUUUUGGAAUGGUUAGCAGUGUUCUUUUUGAGACGUUGAUGGACCUUGUUGGUGCUGCCAGGUUUUCCAGUGCCGUGGGACUUGUCACAAUUGUGGAGUGCUGCCCAGUUCUUAUCGGUCCACCUCUUGGAGGUUGGUUAGUGGAUGUAACUGGUGAAUAUCAAUACAUGUACUUUGUCUGUGGAGUGAUUGUGAUUGUGGCAAGUAUCUGGUUGUUCAUUGGUAAUGCCAUUAACUACAGGCUGUUGGCAAAGGAAAAGAAGAUAGAAGAGGAAAAACAAAAAGCGUUAAAGAAUGCCGAUUCCAAGGAAGCAGAACCUUUGACCAACAAUGAGAAUGGAGAGCCUGCCAACAGGGAUAACAAAGCUCUUGAUGAUCCUUCAGAAAGGGAAACUAAUAUUUAAUAUGAAAUAUUGUUCAAACAUCAAUGUCUAUGACUUGCAUUAGAAGUAUUUCUUCAAGAUACAGGCCAGGUUUUGUAGUAAAAAUGAUCAGUCACAAUACUGGGUGAGAACAGGAUUUUGCCAAUGGCAAGAUUCCACUAAUAUAAUCAUCUACAGGUUUUGUUUUGUGGUUUUUUUGUUUGUUGUUUUAUGACUCAACAAUUGAGGUUACAGAGUUAGUGAAUCCAGGCAAGUGAGAAAAUGUGUCUAUUCUAACUGUGACUAUGGAGACGGGUCAAGUAAGAUAGACUUUCAGAAGUCUUCCAAUUAUCUUGUUUCAAAAGAACUUCUAAAGCAACAUCAUCUGUUUAGCCUUGUUUGAGAAGACAUCUUGUCUUCAUUUUCAGAAUAUCACUGAUGACUGUUGUCUUCUCCCCACAUCCUAUUUUGAUGAUAAAUAUUAAAGAAAAAUAUCAGCUUAUGCAUUAAUAGCUGACAAGCAAGAGAAACCUAAUGACAAAUUACCUAAAUAAAGCACACAGGAAACUUUUUGCCCUUUUGAAAUGUAGAUCAAAAUGUUGUAUUAUUUGUGCAUUGAUCUUUGCCAGAGGACAAAAAAUAUUGCUAAAAUGCAAUAAAUGGUUUCAUGAUAAUAGAUAACCAUCUUUCUUUUUUCCUCCAAGAGAUAGCUAAUUACAUGUGUAGAUAUUUAUUUUGCAGUACAUAGUACAGUCAUUAAUUCAAAGUAGCUUAAAAUCUGUCUGUAUUCAAAUCAAAAUUUAUUUUAAAUUAAGUUCAGCAUAUAAGUGGUACAUAGCUUUUAAGAGUUCUGACUGUUUCAUUCAUGUACCUAAAUUUAAAGUAAGUCAAGCAGAGGAAAUAAAUGUUUCAGGGAUAGGGGAAGCUUUUUUUUUUUUCUAGGCAGCUGAUUCAAUGUCCAUGGAAGAUAAAAGGGCUCUUUCCAUUGACUUCUGUGGGCCUGAAUCAAUCAGUUGCUGGUAAUUACUUUAAAUCAGAUCCUUGCAUAUAUUGGCAGAAAGUCAUUAUCCUCUGAUAGUUGUUUGACGACUUAUGUGAAAUAAGUUUUAAGAUCUAAUUCCAGGUCCUUUUGGACAAGUAACCUCAUCACAAUUCCUACCUACCCACCUAAAGCAUUUUUUCAUGAACUAACAUCUUUUUAUGGCUUUAUGAGCAGAGAGACCAAGAACUAAACCUUCUAAAAAGGUUGAGGCAUGCUGGCAGCGCAUUCUGUAGAACUGUGCAUUGCUGUUGUCCUUGGUAUACCUUUUCAUACAGAUUUUUUAGUCCUUUCUCUACAAUAUUGCAUAAUCAUUCUUAUUUGAUAUACGUAGAUUUUUUUUCUUAAGAAAGAGCAAGAAUACAAACUAAGUCUACAGUUGUACGUCACAGCAUCUAACUAUAAUUCCAUCUGAAAUUUAAUAGUGGAAGUUAAUUCCAUGCUUGCAGAAGUUUCAAAUGAUGAAGGGGUUAAAUGAAAAUGCUUAUGUUUUAUUUAGGAGAGAGAAACAGAAGGUGCUUUUCAUUUUGGAGGAGGGCACCUGUUUAUAAAUGCAUCUGAAAUUGUGAAAAUUAAGGGUCUGAUUCAUAAAAUAUUUAUGCACUGUUUAUGCAGGAUACAUACACACACUUAGUUCAGGAAAAGACAAGGUCUUGCAAUUCAUUUGAGCCCUUUUUCUUACCUCUAAAACAUGUACUAUAUUAAUUCUAAAAUGAUGUGCCAAUACCUCAAGUAAGGAGAAAACUAUGAAAUUAGACAGGUAUAUGAGAAUAUUUAAGGAAGGUGCAUCAGUACACGUGCUCAAUAACAUUAUGUUCAUCAAGGCUUUUGUUUUGCUUUUUGUUUGCAUUUGUUUUUUGUUGUUUGAUUACAUACAAUGUAUUGCCAGAAACAAUACUAUAAAUACCUUUUCCAGACCUUGGCACUUUUUACACAAGGAAACAUAUGAGUCCAUCACUAAUGCAGUGCAGAAAUAAACAUUUAUACUGUACCAAUGAUCUUGCAGCAAAACCAGACAGUUUUGAGAAAAGUCUGAAUUUUGUAGUAAUCUCAUGUGCAAUACAAACACAACAGAGUUUAGAGAGGAAACAUUGAUGGUUACUCAUUACAACCUGACCAAGACUUAAGUUCAACCCUGUGUUAAGGGGUAGUCCACUAUAGUACACAAUCAUAGCUCCCUCCCUUGUUUCAGGAAGGGAAAGAAGCACAAAGAGGAGAGGAGUCAAGGUUCUGAUUACACCACGUCAAUUCUGUUUAGAAGUAUAUUGGGUGCACAGCCUCAGAACCACAAUCUGGAAGGGCACUGUCCGGUGACAGAGAGAGAGAGAAUGAGAUAGCAGACACCAUGUGCGCCUACUCAGACCCCUGUGUGAUCACAGCAUUCUCAAACCCUCAGUAAUGUAUUAAGAAACAUGAAUUGAAGAUGUUGGGUAAAAAGUAUUGAACAGGAGCAUCUUUAAACAGCAUGUGGUAGAAAGGCACAGAUGAUAAACAAAAGGAUUAAAUAGGGAGGUUGAGGCACAGCUAGAGAGGCAAGAAUCUAAGUGCUUAUUAUUUCUCUCUGCACAAAAGAACUUAGUUAAAAAUACAUGAUAGAGCACUAUAGGAGACAGAUUUUUGAUUUUGUCUACUGAAUGUUGCCAUGGGAUAAAUAAGAGGAUCUGAAGGAAAAAAAAUGAAAGAAGGCCUCAAGAGCCACAAAAGGCAACUUACCUGUUCAAUACUAUGCAGCACAGGAAAGAAAUGGAAGAAGCAAAGUUCCUUGAGGGCUUAGAGAACGUUGACCACCAGUGACAAAACUUAUGUUACUAUCCUAAAGGAGAUCAAAGUUUAUAGAAACACAUCCCUCAGAAGAGUUACUAGUCUUUCAUCUGCUGCCAAUAAAGUUCUAAAAUAGUGGGCAUGAAAAAUCUGGCUUCCCAUGACUCACCAACGCACAACUGUAAAUCAUAGAACAAGAUAAAAUGAUGUAGCAGGCACCAGAAGCAAUAUAAAAUCUCAACUAAUGGAGUCAAAUGAAACAUUUUCUUAUACCUCUUUUAUUUUUCCCUUAAACUAGAAACCAAGUUGAAUCAAGAACUCCAAAUCUGUGCAUUACUGAAUGCUGCAGGUGAGGAUCAUUCCUCUGUAAAAAAUGUCUGGAAUUCAAAGUUGCUGUCUUUCACACAACGUGUGCUAACACUUAUUUUUAAUAAAAUGAAAAGGAAAUCAUUCUCAUUUCUAUGAAAUUGUCACUCUCAGCCAGUUUAUAAGGCUACACUAAACUGCAAAAUAUUAAAAUGGGUACAACUAGGCUUGUGGGUUACCUUGAUCAUCCUUAUACUGAAAAGUACCUUCUUUCUCAAGUAGUUCAAUCACCACCUUUUAAAAACUUUCUCAGUGUCUUGUAGAGCCUAUCACCUGCUGUUUUAUCUCUUGAGUAUCCAAGUGGACUUAAACACUUAAGUAUAAUUCUCUUCCACCCUGUUCGAGUCCCUGAAAAUCCAUUACUGUAUCUACUUCUGUAACAUGCUAUCAUCUUACUCUUAAGAGGCAUGGGAGAAAAAGCCAGGAGGAAGAGAACCCAUUCACCUUUUGAAUUAACAGUGUUGAGGGAGUCAAGCAGGGUGAGCAUGUUUAGGCAUCUAAGGCCACUUACACACUUAUGCAAAAUUUAGCCUAGGGGAAUUGAUCCUUGUCUCCCACUUCCUGGAUAAAUGUUUUCACUGAUAUGCUGUUCAAUAAAGAAGGAGUAAGAAUCACAACAACCUCCUCCCUGGGCUGCUGUGUCUUCUAAGAAAAGAGUGAGACUUGUUCGUUACUUUGAGGGAACACCUGGAGUCACCUUUUCAGGGUGAAAUCCUGGUUCCAUAUAAGUCAAAGCAAAAUUCCUAUAAACUACAAUAGGGCCAGGAUCUUAUUAAAAGUCUCUGCCCAUUCUGAACCUCUUUCUAUUCAUCUGUUUUUCAGUGUGGAUUAAAGUGUUUGUCUACAUGUUAAUAUAAGUCAAUUCCUGCUCCUCAAGAAUUGAAUAAUAAUUUCACAGUAACUUCAGCGGGGGCAAGUUAGUUCCAAAUGUUUCACAUGCAAUGGUGUAUGGUGACCUCAUAAAGCAGCAAACAUGGAAUAUUUACUGAAGUAAUAUUAUUUGAAUUAGAUUUAUAUUUUUGUGCAUGUGAUCUCCAAAGAUGCAUAGGAUCAGGGGAUGAUGGAAAAACAGGAGAAAAAUCAUGAUUCUUUUACCUUUUGAAAAGGAUUGAUAAUAUGUCAUUGUAAGAAAAUCAUUCAGUGUUUUCAGUAGAUUCAUUAAAGGGUUACUUUAUAUUAGCAGGUCACGUAAUCAAUAAGUAGUUGUCUUCUUCUCUUUCCUCUAAGAUACUAUUACAAGAUUGUAUUAUAUAGAACAGAUAAGAUAAAGAUUGAACAUACAGCCUUUUGUGUGAUAGCAUGAUGAGAUGGCCAACAUGUUGCAGAACCUAAAACCCAUUUCACUUUCUCUGCCAUUUUCACAGCAGCUCGUUUUUUUAAAUGUCAUGAAUAAAUUUAUCUUGACUUUCUGUAGUAUUUUCCUUCAUCUUCAGUGUUACUUGUCUUAACUACAAGGCAAGCAUGUCUAUACUAUAGUAACUGGAGUUUGUGUGGUCAUACUCAAAUCAGUUUAUAACUAGGUAGUUUAUAUAUUACUAGCAGUGUACCUCUUACUACACAGAACACAGUAUGGACUAACCACUUGAAUAUUUAUCCAGAAGUACUAGUUUAAACCAGGCUACUAGAUGAAAGCUACAUGAUUGGUGAUCACUGCAUUGCAGACAUAUCCUAGAAGUGCUGACAGUACUGGCUCAGAAGACACAAGAAGAUAUGAUCCUCCUCACAAUAAAGAGAAAUAAGUCUAACUGUGCAGGCAAGUGUAGAGCAUCCAUAGAAUUGAGCCUAAAUGUGACUGAUGGUGAUAGUCUCUUGUUCUUUUGCUUUGCUUUUACGGAAGAAAAGUUGAAGUAUUGUAGUUUACACUGUCCUUAUUUUCUUUUAAGUGUAUUUAUCACAUCAAUUUAUUCUUCCUCUUUGAAACUUUAAUUCCUUCUUAUGUUUCUUCCUCUUGUUCUUGAUGUAACUCAAUAGAAACAGUGUGUCUUCUAUUGUGAUUUUUGUUAGGUGUUUUGGAUCUUUCUCGACCUACCACAAUCUCUGUGUGUGACCCCUGAGUUUUGGCGUUGAAGUAACUAAUAUUCAGAUAAAUGACAAGCUGUGUACAUCAACAUAGUUAUUAGUUCUCUCUCUACCUCGAUGCACAUAUCAAGUUUCAGUAAAUAAUACCAGUGGUAGCUGUUUUUAAACAAGCUUGCUGUUCGUGAAACUAGGUGCAUCUACAUGUUCACUGUAGUGCUCAGCAGACUAAUUUACUGUGCAGUAAAGUGUCAUGGUCUACAUGUGCAUGGCAACUGGGCCAGUGUAGUCUAAUGUACAGUGCCAUUGGAUACUCCCAUCAGACACAAGUACUAUCCGGUGACGAAGUAAAUUACUGCGCUUAAAUGCACAUGUAUAUGAUUAUAUCAGGAUUAGUUUAAUUCAGCUCAAAUUGCACCGGAGUUUAUUCGUUAAGUUUAAUUGCACGUGUAGACGUGCCCACUGAUGAGUUGCCUAGUACCAAAGUAGAAUUAAGGCAACUUUUGCUAGUUUAUCUAUAAAUAACUAUUU